ACCGGAAAUGCCUCCUCCAAUGAAUAGUGAUAUAGAUGCCUGAUGUUAUACAUACUCAUUAAUUAUGGUCGCUCUUGUAAUCAAGUUGGAUGAGAGACCGCACUGUCCGUGAGCCCGCCGGCUGAAGGAUUGCCUCCUCUGAACCGGAGAUUUGCGGAGGUUGACUAGUCUGUGUGAGAGAGAGAGGAAAAGGCAUUGAUAGUACAUUCAUGUCUCCUUGGUGAGAAUGAGCCGUCCCAUCUAGCAAAGCGCAUGGGUGGGUGGUCACACCGUCUAGCCUGCAAGUGGUUCCAUUUAUGUACCUAGGAGGGGACAAGCAUGUUUGCCUGCAUACCAAAGAAACAUUUUGAGGAUGGGGAUUAUGCCAAGAAACCAGCCUUCCUGACUGAUGACCUUCCAUUCGGAGGUGAACUUAUCCCAGAUGAGCGGAGGGGGGUGUCCGUGGUGGAACUCACCAAGAGAGAUGGCAGUGGCCUGGGGCUGACAAUUUCAGGUGGUCUUGAUAAGGGAAGCAGAGCAAGAGUGCUGCAUCUGAGGCCAGGAGGGCUUGCACAGAGGAGUGAUGCCUUGGAGAUAGGAGACUACAUCUUAUCUGUGAACGGGAUCAGGACGGAGAAACUUCGCCAUGACGAGAUCAUCAACCUGCUGAAGAACGCCGGGGAGAAGGUCAUCUUGGAGGUCGAGUAUGAGAUUCCGCUUACAGCACAAGAGGCAGGUGGGAACGUGGUUACCAAAGAGGUGGAACUGAGUCUGCAGAAGGAGGGGGGAAGUUUUGGAUUCACAAUUCGAGGGGGAGUGGCUGAUGAGAGGAGACAGUCGCGGCCUCUGCUCGUGACUAACAUCAGACCGGGAGGACCGGCAGACAGGGAAGGUACGCUGGCGGUGGGAGAUCGACUGUUGGCCAUCGACAACAUCAGCUUAUCAGGGGUCACGCACGCGGAGGCAGUGGCAGCGCUCAAGCAGUGUGGGACGCAGGCCAGCCUUCUGGUGGAAUACGAUGUGUCAAUCAUGGAGGCAGUACAGAAUGCUAAGGGCCCUUUGCUGGUAGAAGUGACGAAGGCCCCCGGUGCAAGUCUUGGUAUCACCCCCGGUAUGGCAGUGGUCAAGAACAGGGAGGCACUCAUUAUCAAGGAGAUCAAGGCUGCUAGUAUAGCAGACAGGUGUGGUGCAUUACACGCGGGAGACCAACUCCUGUCGAUAGACGGCACCAGUACAGAACACCUGACGCUGCCCGAAGCUGUCCAGCUGCUGGCCAGUACGGGGGCAGAGGUCAAACUGGAGAUCCUCCCGCUCAGCCACAUGAAGUACGCAGGCUCCAGCAACGAGGCCGUCAUCAGUAAUGGAUGUCGGGUUGAGGUUCAGCCCACUGCUGCCAGUCUCCAAGCACAGACAAGAGAGGGGAGUUGGAGGGAGAGUGCCCAUCACCAUAGUGCAGCGUCCCACCAUGUCUAUGUCAAUGUGUCCCAAAUCCCUCGUAUCGUGGACACUCCUCCCGCCCUCCCUCCCAAGAAACGAAAGCCGCGGACGUCAACUUCCAAAUCGGGUACUACCACUACCUCUUCCUCGUCCGGUUCCACUCUAGACAUGUCAUUCAAGCAAAGGUCGAACAGUGAAUCAAUGCUUAGUGACGCCUUGCCGAUCUCCUACCCGAUGGAUUCGCCCACCUCCCCCAGCGUGUCCAGUAUCCACACCGGCACGAUCAGUCGGGCGUCGCUCGCACGCAGGAGCAACAGGAGACCCCCCAGGAGGACCAGGCUCAACUCUUCUGCAAUGUCUGUGUCGUCCAGCCAUGCCCCCCAGCAGGUUGUACGUGUGGAGAUAGCGGAGGUCCAGGUCCACCCCGACCCCUCGGGCCUGGGGUUCAGCCUGCAGGGUGGAGUCUUCGCUACAGAGACUCUUACAUCACCUCCAGUCAUCGGCUUCAUUGAUCCUGAUGGGCCCGCUGACAGGACGGGCAUACUGCAGGUAGGAGAUCGGGUGCUGUCAAUCAACGGGAUGUCUACAGAGGAGCUGACCCUGGAGGAGGCCAACCAGCUCCUGAGGGAGUCAGGGUUAAAGUGUGUCCUGGAAGUGGAGUUUGAUGUAGCUGAAUCUGUGGUGCCUAGCAGUGGAACAUUUAACAUCAAGCUUCCCAAGAGGGCAGGAGGCCUGGGGAUCACCAUCAACUCUCCCAGCACCAGGAAACAGGGAGAACCUCUUCUCAUCUCAGACAUCAAGAAAGGAAGUGUGGCACACAGGACCGGUACUCUGGCCCCCGGAGACAAACUCCUGGCCAUCGACAACAUCCGGCUGGAUAACUGCUCUAUGGAGGACGCAGCACAGAUCCUGGCUCAGUGUGACGAAAUAGUGAAGCUCAGGAUACGCAAGGAUGAGCUGUACUCAGAGGAGCAUGAUGUGAGUGGAGCGAUCUGUUACUCUGUUGAGCUGGUCAGACAUGGGGGACCGUUGGGCAUCACUAUUUCAGGCACAGAAGAGCCGUUUGACCCAGUCACAGUGUCUGGUCUCACAGAUGGAGGACUGGCACAAAGGACUGGAGCUAUCCACAUAGGGGACCGUAUCCUGGCCAUUAACAGCCAGUCCUUGCGAGGGAAACGCCUGAGUGAGGCCAUCCAGCUGCUCCAGUCGGCAGGAGACACCGUUACUCUCAAAAUCAGCAGGCAGGAGGGUAGGCAGAUAUCGCUAGAUAAGUUUGUGGUAGAUGGACCCAAGUCAGAUCAGGAGAAUGACAGCAUUGGAAAGGAAGAGAGCCAGACGAAGAGGGUGCCCCUUCAACAUACCCCAGUCCCUAGUGUGGAUAGUGCAGUGGAAUCAUGGGAUGGGUCAGCCUUGGAACCAGGCAACCCUGAGGGAAACUCGCAGCACCCCCAGUCGGGAAUGGUUGUGACUGCCCAGGUGCACCACAAUGACAACCAGACCAAUCACAUGACAGAGAGGCACACCCUGAGGAGGGACUCUACCAAGGCAGACAGGAGGAUGGGGGAGAGGUUGCACGACGAGUGGGACGCCCAGUCCCACAGCUACAAGAGCAGCAGCGACAUCCUGGACAAUCCACAACUGGACGAGUAUGGUCUGGUACAGGCACUUGAGGACCUGGAAACCUGUGGCCACUCCGAACUGAUGCGACAGAUCGAGCAGACCAUCGGCCCCGGCAGCAACCACGCGCACACGCUGAACUGCCGCCCCAGGCCGAACCAGUCCGUCAUCAGCUACAGCGACAGUCACAGCAUGACCCUGCCGGGGUCCAACAGGGGUCAGACUCCCGCCCUCCCCACCAACAAGAAGAUACAGGACCAGAUGAGUCUCAUCUUCUCUCCUACGCCUAUUGAGAUUCAGAAGGUGACUCUGUUCAAAGAUGAUGAUUACGGAGACUUCGGCUUCAGCGUGUCGGAUGGUUUGGUGGAGAAGGGAGUGUACAUUAACAACAUCAGGCCGGGGGGACCGGCUGACCUUAGCGGGGUCAUCAGACCGUAUGACAGGAUACUGCAGGUAAACAACAGCAGGACCAGGGAUUUUGACUGCUGCCUGGCUGUUCCGCUGAUCGCUGCGUCGGGCGACAAGAUCGAGCUGGUCAUCAGCCGCAACCCGCUGGCCCAGAACAUGUCCCAGGCCAACCUGGAGUGGGGUGAAGAAGCCUACCAACAUCCACAGCUCAACCACAACACUUCUAAAACACUCUAGAACACAAGGGAACGCUGUGAACUUGGAGUGGGGAGGGGGUGGCAAACCAACGUUCACUACUCAGCCAGUAGAAUACAACUAGAACUUGGACUGGGAAGGGGGGUGGCAUACCAACAUUUGCUACUCAACUAGUAGAACACAAGAGAACUUGGAUUGGGGGAAGGGGCAGGCACACCAGCACCCAUAUCUUAACACCAUCUCUUCCAAAACACUGUUUGACAAGAGGUUGGGGGAGGGGGGCAUAUCAACAUCGACAACUCUACACUAACUCUUCCAAAACCCUGUAGGGCACAAUGCUAUGGUUAUGCUAGCAUGGGUCAUAUGUAAACUGUGGUUUGUGUUGUUGUCUGAUAAAGGAGUGAUGGCAAAGGUCUUAUAAUUACACAGAAGUGCUGGAAACUUGGAAAGGAGUCCCUGGAAGGACAGUGAUAUUGUAAGCAGUGUGGUAAAUAAAAUUCCAGGUGUCUUGGUCAAAGAAUUCCUACUUAAGCCUGCAUUUGCUGAAAGGAUGGCCAUGGAGAUGUUUAUUUUUUGGGAUGGAAGGUCUGUAAAAGUUUGGGAUGCUCUUUGUAAUUGACUCUAAAGAGCAUUACUAUCUAAUUUACAUUCUCCAUCUACAAGUUGAAGUGUUUUACAUGACAUGCCAUAGUUUUAAUGGUAGACACAAUACAUGUACAUCUAUGAAUAUUUGUGAAGUGUGAACAAAAGAAUACUCAUAACACUCAUAAGCAAUAUAUUUUGACAUCCUGUUUAACAAAGCAAAGGUGAAAGGUAGCAAUGGACAGUUUACACCCAAUGUGGUAUACUCACCUCAAUAGGUGUAGAAUCCUUCCCAUCGUCUUUAGACACUUAAACUAUCAAAAGAGAUUAUAGUUCUGGGCAUGUACAGGACUAUUCUUUACCAUAUAGUAAGAAUGAUAGUUUAUAUGCCCUACACCCAGAAGAACAUAUUCCAGAAACCUUACCGGUAUACCAGCCAGUGUUUUUAACUUAACUUAAACUAAGAGGAAGGCAGUCUAUAUAAUAUAUUCUCACAUGUAAAAGAGUGUUUUAUUAUUAGCUUGAACAAUCACAGUUACUGAAGGACUGGUGCAUCUUGCAUCUUAGCUAUUUGGACCAUCAUUUCUCACAGCAUGUAAUGGUUGCAUGAUGUGCUGAUCAAGCAUGCCACCUAGCAGCUUAGCAUGUCCCUGCAGGCUUCUUUACGGGGAACCAACUUGGCCCUGGACUGACGGAUUGAAGUGAUUGGGAGAAGUUAUUAUGAUAGAGACAGGAUGAACUAGGGAAUGAUGUAGGGUUAGCAUAAGGAAUGGAGGGGGUUCUGAAUUACUAUCAUGGAAGCUUGCAUCUGUUUGUUGCAGAAAGACAUGUACAAUGGUAAUGAUGGAAACUAUGGGAAUGUGGCUAGCAAAGUCUUCAUUGUUGCUCUUGCAUUGUAUUAACAUUGGGUUCUUUAUGUGCUCUCAAUGUGAACUUUUACCAUUUACUUGUUGUGCAGCAAAAAAAAGAGGUCAAUUGUAAUAAUCAUUAAAUCAAAACUUUUCUUGGAGUGAGCCACAUAAAUCCACCAUUUGGCCUCAUAGAUUUUUAAUUCCAAAAGUUAAUGUGUUACUGAUUAGAAUAAACUAGCAAUCAUUUUGCAUGAUAGGAAAACAUUGAUCAGUGCUUCCAGGAGCUGAAUAUUUGUAUGAUAUUUGAAGGGGUGCCAAACGGGUUUUCUUUUUAAAAAGGUCUUCCAAUGUACUACUAUAUAUACACACAGUCUAUUACACUGGAAAAAUACAAUGUUACACUUAAAAGUUAAUAUUAUGAAUAUUACCACUAUAUUUAAGUUACAGAAGUGUUAAGGUAUAACAUUAUAUGGAUAAUUUUGUUAAAAUGUGGAAAUCUUAUAAUUAAGGUAUCAACCUUGUAUUUAUCCCCAGAUGUCCUGGUUCGUAAGUUAGAAUUACCUAUUGAAGACUAGUCAAGCACGAAGUGGUCCAUACUGGGAUGGGUGCCAAAUGGAGUUUAGUUCUCAGUCAUGGUGAUUUCAUGGCAAUUAUGACAGCAGAACACUUAAGCGGAAUGGAUUGAUGACGCUAAUUCUUCCAUACGGAGACAAAGAAGGAUUGUUGCAACAUAAAAUCCCUUGUGGUGAUACAAAAUGUACAUCAUAUGUACCCACCACAAAAUACAAAGUACAACUCUAAGCUUUGAAUCAUAAACUUUCCACCUUACUAAAUACAAUUUGAUGUGGCCUUUAGAAGUCAUUCUUGAACAGGGUCUCACCUCAACGUUUCCGGUGCUUAUACAGAGCACAGUACUUUCGUAAAAGUUGUGGUUCAAACUUGUUUUAUCAUGCCAGCAUACCUCAUUUGCGUACCACUUAAUAUGUUAAGAAUUUUAUCAUAAUUUAAAGCAUGAUAAUCAUUGCAAGAUAUAUCAAUAUGAUAUGGCCCCAAACGACAUUACUUAUAUGUAUAGGAAUCAUAGCAAUGUUGCCAAUUGACACUUAUGCUUAGCUACUUUGUUUAGUUCUACACAUAUACAGAUACUGCAGGCAGUCUUUAGUAGGUGUUCUUCACUAAGAUACAGUUUAGAAACUUGAUUAGCAUGUUGUUGGUUCAUAGACUACAACAAUCAUACGAUAACAGUGACGUACACUUUUUAAUCAUUCUGCUAUUCUAUUUUUGUUUGUUUUUAUACUCAGAGAUAUGUACAUCUAGAUGAUAGCUACAGCAAGUACUGGGGUACUUUCCACCGUUUCAAUCGUGUAGCUACAAUUUCGAAAUUAGACGUCCUUAUGUGUACCAUCAUAUUGUGCCUUCAUACAGAAAAUAGAAGGAUUAUAUUGCCAGAAUUUGGGGUCUUCCAUGUCUCGAUACAAGACCUGUUAGAAAAAAUGUAUUUAGAAGCCAAUGAAAUAAAGAUCAAUAGUAUCAUUGACAAGAACAAUCAGUGUCUAGAGGUACGUUAUCAACAACAAAAGUAUUUUUGUAUGUUCUUUUUCUAUAUGAAUCAUUAUUGUAGUGUAUUCAUUAUAAAUAACAGGAAUCAGAACCAGAGAGACAUUGCAUGCUACUCGAACAACUUAAUAUGUACAUUUACAAUAUAUCAAUACAAUAAAGAUAAAUAAUUUCUUUA